CACGCUUGUGUAACGCACGCGUUUACAAACCCGAACUAACUGUCACGGAGAUAAUUCUGCUAUAAUCAGAACAACAUGUCAAUGAUACUGUUACAAAGUUGACUUUACAACUAUUGUGUUAUUUGAUAAAAAGUUAUUGUGUGUGAACAUGAAGUAUAAAACGAAUUUAGUACUAUUUACAUUGUUCGCUGCGAACUUAAUCGACCAGCCGGCGCCCGAAGUGACCAUCGCGCAAGGCAUUUUGAGCGGUAAAAUAAGCGCAGAUGGAACUAUUUUUGAAUACAUAGGCAUACCUUAUGCUUCAACAAACAGUAGCACGAGGUUCAAGGCUCCGGGUCCGCCACCAUCCUGGCAUGGUGUGUUCAAAGCAGUCGACGAGAUACAUUUCUGUCCACAAUCAACACCCAUCGGAGUUCUUGGUUCCGAAGAUUGCUUAAGAAUUAAUGUCUAUGUUCCGGCAUUAGCUAAAAAGCCUUUACCUGUUAUGGUGUACAUUCACGGUGGAGCAUUUUUAUUGGGAGGGGGAGGGAAAUUGUUGUAUGGCCCUGAUUUCUUAGUGAAAAAAAAUGUUAUUCUAGUCACGUUUAACUAUAGAUUAGGAGCGCUAGGUUUUACUUGUUUAAGAAUAAAAGAAGCCCCUGGCAACGCCGGGUUAAAAGAUCAAGUAGCCGCUUUACGGUGGGUCAAAAAAAAUAUAGCAGCUUUUGGGGGGGACCCAAAUAACAUAACUUUAUUUGGCGAAAGUGCCGGUGCAACAUCAACGGCCAUAUUAUUAGCCAGCAACGUUACAGAUGGGCUGAUCAAUAGAGCAAUUAUUCAAAGUGGAUCAUCUACCUCGAAUUGGUCGAUUAACAGAAAUCCUGUCUGGGUGGCUGGCCUUAUAGCUGAAACUUUUGGACUCACAACUAAGGAUCCCUUGAAAAUAUAUGAAUUAUUUUCUAAAAUGUCUUACAAAGAAUUAGUUUCAGCAAAAGUAAAGAAGCCACUUACCAAAUAUUUUGAUACUCAGCUUUUGCAUUUGCCCUGCGUCGAAGAAAUAAUUCCUGGCGAGGAGUCUAUAAUCAAUGACUUACCUUACAAUUUAUUAACAAAAAAAACUAGCAGUGUUCCUUUAAUUUACGGUUCAAACAGUAAAGAGGGAUUCUUUUUAAUAUCCGGAGACACGGAUGAAUCGCUCGAAGAGAGAAACGGACGAUAUUUAUUCGCGUCCGAUUUGCUAUUUCAGUCGGAGGAUGAAGCAGCUAUUGAAGCACAAAGAAUACAAAAGUUUUAUUUCGGCGAUGAUAAAGUAAGCAUGAAAAAAUUAAUGAAUGUGUCAGACAUUUAUACUCACCUAUAUUUCGAAAUACCUCCUAUAUUUGAGACUGAAAUGUUCAUCGAAAAAGCUAAUGCUGUCGUUUAUAACUACUACUUCGAUUAUUCUGGUGGUAGAAAUUUUGUUAAAAAGCGAGCAGGAUAUGCAGAAGAAAAUGGGGCGUGUCAUGCAGAUGAAUUGUUCUAUUUAUUCAAUGCAUUGCUGUUACCUUUUAGAAUUAACAAAAAAGAUAUGGAAUUAAUUGAUACGAUGACAACUUUAUGGACCAAUUUUGCAAAAUAUGGGGACCCUACACCAAAUUCGAAGUUAAACAAUCGACACUUUCGCUGGACGCCAAGCACAAAGAAGCAGAUAAACUUUCUGUAUAUAAACGAUGAUUUAAAAAUGGGACCCAUCCCAAAUCCAAAGGCGUACAACUUAUGGAAAACUGUAUAUGAAAAAUAUCGCAAAUUAAAAGUUGACUAA